AACGUUGUCUUUAAUCAAUCCCACGUAGAUUGAAAAAACUUCCAAAACUAACGCCAUUCCAGUAGUAAACCACAGAUUGAUUUCUCCGUCAUUUCAUUUGAAAUCAUCAAAUAUAUAUUAUUUAGUAUUAAUUUAAUAUAACACGGUUUUUUGGCUUUGGUUCCGAUAUAAAAACCAAGCUUUAUAGUUGGGCCUUCCCAUCAUAAAUUUGCAAUCCAGCAGCCAGGGCCACCACUCCCCCACCCACCUCCUUCGCUAGUAUUAAAAAACCAUAACAAAAAAGAGAGUCAACCCCUUUUUCUGCAAAAAGGAUCGUGAUCAGAGAUGGAGAAUAUGUUGGGAUUGUUGAGAAUUCAUGUGCAAAGAGGGGUGAAUCUUGCCGUGAGAGAUGUUGUAAGCAGUGAUCCUUAUGUCCUUGUCAGGAUGGGAAAACAGAAAUUAAAGACUCGUGUCAUAAAGAAGAAUGUCAACCCAGAGUGGAAUGAAGAUUUAACACUUUCCAUUGCAGACCCAAGUCUUCCAGUUAAGCUUGCUGUAUAUGACAAAGAUACAUUCACUUUAGAUGAUAAAAUGGGGGAUGCUGAAUUUGAUAUGGGUCCAUUUAUAGAAGCGGUGAAGAUGCGUUUGGAAGGUCUUCCCAGUGGAACUAUAAUCAAGAAAAUACAGCCAAGCAGGCAAAACUGUCUAUCUGAAGAGAGUUGUAUAAUUUGGAGCAAUGGCAAAGUUGUUCAAGACAUGUUCUUGAGGCUGAGAAAUGUGGAGUGUGGUGAAGUUGAGCUUCAAUUGCAAUGGAUUGAUGUUCCUGGUUCCAGAGGACUUUAGUUAUUUUACUACUUGGAUUGAUUUCAGCUGCUGCUGUUGUUGUUGUUGUCUUUUUUUUCUUUUGUUUUUUUUUCUUGUGCCAAUUAAGCCUAGUGUCAGUGUGUAUAUAUAGUAGAUUUUCAGGGUGUCAUAGUUAACUUGGCACCAUGAAGGUGUUUCAUCUUUAUAGACAUCGAAUUUUAUUUAAA